CAAAGGUGGCAGCCUGUAGAGAAUUCCAAAAUUCAGAAGGAUGGAAUCAAGGGAACUUACAGAGUUGAUGUUGACAUUCCUGCUGAUGAUUGGGUAAAUAUCACCAAGUUCUAUGACGUGCUCAUUUUCAACACCGGACACUGGUGGGGUCCGGAUAAAUUUCCAAAAGAGACUCCCCUUGUUUUCUACAAAGGGGGAAAACCCAUUGAGCCUCCACUCGACAUCUUCAAUGGACUAAAAGUAGUCCUCAAAAGUGUGGCCUCGUACAUUGAAAGGGAGGUCCCAAGUAAAACUCUGAAGCUGUGGCGCACACAGUCACCCAGGCACUUUGAUGGGGGCGAAUGGGAUCACAACGGCAGCUGCGUGUCAGAUAGGCUCCUAGAAGAACACGAGCUCGACUCUUGGUUCGAUCCAAGGUUCGGCGGAGUGAACAGAGAAGCGAGGCUAGUGAACUCGGCGAUCCAGGAAGUGCUAGUCAACACGGACAUCCAGCUGCUCAACCUGACCUACAUGAGCGAGUUCCGCGCCGAUGCCCACCCCGCUAUUUGGCUCGGGAAGAAGGACGCGGUGGCGGUCUGGGGCCAGGACUGCAUGCACUGGUGCCUGCCUGGCGUACCAGACACGUGGGUCGACAUCCUGGCCGCGCGGAUCUCGCACUACUUCAAACAGGGCAAAGGUUGAUGUUGUGUUCUAAAGCUUGGACAUCGAUACUGCCCUGCAAAUGUUCAUGUGGAACAAAGGGCACUCAUAUACUGUGUAAUCUAGAUGUUCACCCGAGGGCAAAGGUGUGGAUGUAUGAGAUGAUUCACGGGAGGAGCAAGAUGACUCUUUGGUAUAUUGAUUUGAGAGGCAAUGCUAGUUUAGUCAGUUUAUUUUUCUGGAGGUAUUCGCCCCAGAAAAUUUGUACUAGCUGUAGUUUGCACGUGGAGCCCUAAUGAUUCAGAUGUGAAGUUAACUGCAACUUUCUGUCCCAAUGUGAUUUUUGAGUGAAGAAAUAGUUCGCAGCUGCAACUUUCUGUAAAGACAGGUGACCAUUUGGAAUCUUGAUUUGAGAAGGAAUGCUGGUGUAGUUUAUCAGGCUUGUUUGUUUGGUGGAGAUGCUUUGGCCCACCGAUUUUGUGGUUGCGCGGAGAAA